AAAAAAGCAAUGUUCAAUAAUAAUGAUAGAUUGGUCCGUCGUAUUGGCCGUGCGUGGGCGAAAUAGGCCAGCCCAGCCGCGGUUAUUGCUCUGGCUAGCGCCCCAGCUUGUUGCUGUGCGGGUUCCUGCUAUUAGUACCACUCUCCAAUCUCCGCUGGCUUGUGACACUCUUCUUCCUCCCAUUACCCCGUGCAACCUGCCUGCCUGUGCUUAGUCGAGCUCGACGUCGCUAUUGGUGCUUUUCCAUCGCUCCUAGAUUUCACAUUUCCCUACUCUCACCCCCAAAAAAAGAAUUCGAAACAGCUGCCUUUCUGGUUGUUGCGCCAUCACCACCAAGCUUCCCCUUCUUUCUAUCCCACAGGCGACGAAGCCCCCUAUAUCCCUUGGUCAGGGCCCCUUUCAGCAUUCCCAACUGUCAGAGAUGUCCGCUGCUACCGCUCCGAUCGAGAAGAAGCCGGUCAAGUUUAGCAACCUGCUACUUGGCGCGGGGUUGAAUAUGUUCGAGGUUACAACAUUGGGACAGCCGCUGGAAGUGACUAAGACAACCAUGGCUGCCAACCGUAGCGAUACGUUUGCCGGUGCCAUGAGACGGAUUUGGGGGCGCGGCGGUAUUUUCGGCUACUACCAAGGUCUCAUUCCCUGGGCCUGGAUUGAGGCUUCCACCAAAGGCGCCGUCCUCUUGUUUGUGGCGUCCGAGGCUGAAUUCUACGCGAAAAGCGCCGGCGCUUCGGAUUUCCUUGCAGGUAUUGGCGGUGGUAUGGCUGGCGGUGUUGCCCAGGCCUAUGCCACUGUUGGCUUCUGUACCUGCAUGAAGACGGUCGAGAUCACCCGACACAAGCUGUCUGCCUCUGGUGUUAAACCCCCAAGCACCUGGCAAACCUUCAUGGACAUCUACCGCAAAGAAGGUAUCCGUGGUAUCAACAAGGGUGUCAAUGCAGUCGCUAUCCGUCAAACCACCAACUGGGGCUCGCGCUUCGGUCUCUCUCGAUUGGUAGAGAACGGUAUCCGCAAAAUGAACAACAAGGAAGAUGGCCAAAAAUUGACUGCCGCUGAAAAGAUCGUUGCGUCUGGAUUAGGUGGUGGCUUGUCCGCCUGGAACCAGCCUAUCGAGGUCAUCCGUAUCGAAAUGCAGAGCAGAACCGAGGACCCUAACCGCCCUAAGAAUCUGACUGUCGGAACAACAGCCAAAUACAUCUACCAAACCAACGGUCUCAAGGGUCUUUACCGAGGAGUCGCCCCACGUAUCGGUCUAGGCAUGUGGCAAACCGUAUGCAUGGUUGCUUUGGGUGAUUUGGCCAAGGAUGCUGUAGAAAGGCUCACUGGUGAAUCCGUCACCGCAAAGCACUAGGAGGGUUUGGAAUACCCCUCGCAUUUGGUGUUACUAUGAUAGUCCUAGCCCAAAAUGGAUUCCCUUUGUAUUCUUCAUGGUUCGCGUCACUGAAGGCCCACAUAUGAGGCGUUUUGUGACGACUGAUGUGACUUUAUAAAUGUCGUGGUUAUUGACCUGGAUAUAGACUUAAUUUGUUGUAUGGAUAGAUAUUUGGAUUUGCUCUCGUGGGAGACAGACCCAUGAGUUCAAUUUAUGACAUUCAUUUUUCAUAUUCUACUUUGGCUGCUAUUUUAUUAUUGCAAGCUAUUCAGUGGUAUAGUCGCGCAGUUUUUAUGUCUGAGUACAGGUACAAAUAUUUGGUUUGGAUAGGAGGCAACUCUUUGUCAAUACCAUGUUAAUCUUACAAACAAAUGGC